AUGAAGGUAGAUCCACCAGCAGUUAAUCAUACGGAUGCGAUUGCUCCAAAAAUCACCCAGACGAAGCCGAGCGCACCAGCAAUUGAUAAGAUAUAUUCGAGCUUAAGAACAGAAAACCAGACGGACCUGAGCGAAGCAACAGUGAACCAAACACGCCUGAGCGCACCAAUAGUCGAUCAGACGGACCCACUUGCCCUAACAGUCAAUCUGGCCAAACGGGGUACCGUGACGGCCUAUCAGAUCGACCGGAGCACAGCAGCAGCAGCAAAUAUGACCGAUCCGAUCCCACAAACAGUCACUGAGGCUCACUCGAGCUCACCAACUGCCAAUAUAACCAUUAAGAACGCAUCGACAGUAAAGCAAUCCUAUUCAAAUGCGUCGACGGUCAGUUCAGACCCAUCCGAACACACUUCAGCGCAUUACCACACUUCAUCACCUCCACCCUUUUCACCA